AAGAACCCUCACUAAGCUCAGAAACAAAGAAUCCAUCUUUGAAAAUGCAGAGCGGAAAGAAAGCAGGAGAGUCCCUUAAGGAAAAGGCCGCAAAUAUUGGCGCUUCUGCCAAGUCUGGCAUGGAGAAGACCAAGGCCACUGUCCAAGAGAAGGCAGAAAGGAUGACGGCACGUAAUCCGGUGCAAAAGGAGAUGGCAACACAGAAGAAAGACGCAAGGAUGACCCAGGCGGAGCUGGAAAAGCAGGCGGCGCGUGAGCAUAACGCGGCGGCGAAACAGUCGACCGCGGCGGGGCACAUGGGACAGGGUCACUAUACCACCGGAACUGGAACUGGGACCGGAACCGCCACGUACUCCACAACCGGGGAAUAUGGGCAGCCCAUGGGGGCCCAUCAAACGUCGGCUAUGCCUGGUCAUGGAACUGGGCAGCCCACGGGCCAUGUGACUGAGGGAGUGGUGGGCUCCCACCCCGUUGGGGCCAAUAGAGGCCCGAGUGGGACAGCUACGGCCCAUAACACUCGUACCGGCGGGAACCCAAAUGAUUAUGGGUAUGGAACCGGUGGUACUUAUAGUUAAGUAAUGAUGAUUAUAUCAUCAAAGUUUAUUAGCAACAGUUUAAUAACAAGGUAUGGUUUUUCCCUUUUUGUUCUUGUUUAGUUAUCUUCAUGUUUGUCUCCCUUUUCUCUCCAUUUUUGAUAUGGAGAAAUGCGUAGUGUGUUUUCAUAUUUCUGUAUCACUUUCGUUUCAAUAAAUAAACGAAAACCUUGGUUGUGUAAAA